AUGGAAAAGGUAUCCACAGAUAUUGAAGAAAGCUGGAAUUGUGAGGACUGUAUGGUCUACAUUCAGUAUCUAGCAUUCGGCAUCAAGCAUUCGGCAUCAAGCAUUCAGCAUUCAGCAUCAAGCAUCCAGCAUCAAGCAUCAGCAUCAGCAUCAAGCAUUCAGCAUCAGCAUCAGCAACAGCAACAGCAAGAGCAACAGAACAUCAACAUCGACAUCAACAUCGACAUCAACAUCGACAUCAACAUCGACAUCAACAUCGACAUCAACAUCGACAUCAACAUCAACAUCAUCCCCAUCAUCAUCCCCAUCAUCUCCAACUCCCCACCACCCACCACACCACCCACCACACCACUCACCAUGUCUUACUUCUUCUCCACCACCCUCCACUCCUGCUACCCCGUCUGCGAGUGCUCCUCCGAUCCGAUCUACAUCCCAGUAGGUCCAUUCCCCAGCCCGGAGGAGCAAGCAUCGCACCCAGGUCGUCUCGCGUUCGAGCAAGACUUCCUCCGCCAAACCGCCGACUGGCCCGAGCUGAUACCGGGCCAAGAAAGCUACAGCAGGGAGAAGAGGCGCUGGGCGAAGAAGCCUGGGCAGAAGGAUGAGGAGAAAGAAGAGUGCACCGAGCACAGAGAUGUGGCUGGGACAGGGCUGAUGAAGGAUUGGGAGCGAGACGCUCGGAUGACGAGCUGGAUCAUGGAUUGGGAACGAGAUGCCGACUCGAAAGAGCCGAUUUCGAUGGACAAGAUGCCCAUUCCUGGUAUCCCCUGCCGACGGUGGUGGGGGUUUGCUAUCCAAUGGGCCUGGCUGGAUUUCCACGAGUUGAUGGAGAAGGGGAAGGGGAAGGGGAAGGAGAAGGAGGAGGAGGAGGAGGAGGACGAAGCACAAGCCGCAGCAACAGCGGCAGUGCGAAUGAUGUGUGCGACUCUGGAGAAGUCGGAGGACGAGAUUCUGCGUGAGCAUGCAGAGUACCGCGAACGACAAAUUGCUCGCCGCCUGGAAGCAGCAGAGAGUCGCUUCACCGACGACGCUCGUCGGGAGGAAGUGCGUCUGUGGGAACUUCGGCUGGAAGACAUCCGACACCAGUUGAUCGACGUUCGUGAGGAACUUGUGCACUGGUACAAGUUUCGGCUGCAAGAAGUUCACCGGGCAAUUGAAGUGUUGCGGAAACGUCGGCUGGAAGCUGCCACACAACGUGUGGCAGAUCUAAAGGAGGCCUGCGAGAGGAUCUGGGCACAAGCAACAUUGUAA